UUAUUUUCUUUUAUUUUAGUUAAAUAAAUGUUGUUUCUUAAUUAGUUUGUUUUGCUAAAUGCAGCUCACUUUUCAAGCUGCCAAUUAAAUGUUGGGCUUGCGGCCCAAUUCUUCUCCAUACCAACUCAAUUAGCCAUGGCCGUUGUUUCCACACGAGCAACCAACAUCACGUCGUCAUUGGGCCGAGAUUCAAUUCAUCAUCCAAAACCCAAUUUUCUUCCAGCCCUCGCGUCCAGAUUUCAACAACAUCUGCAGCAUGUUUAAUUCACAUCACGCGUGAAAGGCACCAUGAAAUCUGCUUCCAUCUUGGGCUUACAAGUAGCAGCCCAACUCCUUUUUGCGACCCACGCAAGGAUCUAGCGCCUUCAAUCUGCUAGGUUUCUUCUCUCACGCUAGGAGCGCAGCCAGGUGACUUCACGCAUAGCUCCAAACACAUUCCUCACGCCUUCGCAUCUUCACACCAGCCAGGCCACCUAUGCAUACGUCUCACACCUUAGGGUUAGGGUCACGCGAAUUCUUCUUUCACGCGUUCCACCCCUAGGAUUCGUUAGGGUUUUCUGUUGCCAUUAGGUUUGUGUUAGAUGGCACCCUUCUCUCGUUUAAUGUUCCGGUUGCCUUCAUCUAUAAAAGGCAAACCAACCAUUGUACCGAUUAGCUUUGAUGAAUGAGAAUAUUGGUUGAGAGUACUCCCACCUUUCAUCUCUGCUCAAACCCUAAACCCUAGAUUAGGUUUCACCUCGUCGGGUUUACCAUUCCAGUGAGAAGCUUGAGAGAAUCAAGCGUUAACCUUAAGAGUCUUCCGCUGCGUCUCUUAGUCGAUUCCACCGAACAAUCGACGUUUGGGGGCCGUUCUCCAGCGAACGAAGCACGUUUCCGCCAAUCGAUGGCACCGAUGGUCUCAUCAAGUGGUAUUCAGAGCCACUCGUUCUUGGACCACCGUGAGUUAAGUAUUCUUCGUCUCAUCUCAGCUAUUUCUUCGUUUCUGUUUGCUUUCCGGUCUUGUUCAUGCGCUGUUUGAGUCUUAUCUGAUUACUUCUCUGAUUGAAUAUGUGUCGUGGUGAUGUUGUGUUUUUCCUUGCUGAAAUUGAUUCAAAAUAAUUGUUCUCAUUUUUCUGAAUGAAUACUGUGAUGAUUUUAUGUCUAGCUCUCUCAAUCCGCCGCUUAAUGCAUGUCUGUUAGCUUUUGAUUUCAUUUUUUUACCUAGCUUUGAAUUUUAAACUCACUGUUUUGUCAUAGGUUUUAUGUAGCCGUUUUAUCUGUUGUUGCUUCCAUAGAAUUGUGUGUUGUUAACUGUUUCUGCAUCAGUUGUGCUGAGUAUGUUUAGUUUCCUGUGUGUUGUGGAGUUCACAUCUUGCUACUAGAUCAUUAGCAAUUAUUCUGCAGUGCAUAUUGAUACUGUUCCUGUGUAAUUCUGCUAAAAUUACUACUGGUUACCUUGUUCUGUUUUCUGAAAUCAAUUUGAAGUCCAAAUGCAUCUGUGUUCAUUGUUUUGUAUCUUCAUGUUCAUGAUCGAGGUGUAUAUGUUUGGGCCAAUGAUGCUUGAUAACUGAACCAAAUCUGUUUGAUUCCAUAUAUGUGCUAGAUCUGUCUUUGCUAAGAUUAAUCCAGUGGAAAUCAAGUGGUUUCGUUGAUGUCUAGGCUGACUUUGAACUAGUGCAGCUUUUAACUGGCCAUAUCACUUAAUUUGAUUCAAAUUGUGGUUGGAAUUAUGUCUCUGUUGUUUCUAUUAGGCUAUGUUAGAUCUUGUCUUGAGCAGCUUGUCUUCAUUACUGGAGUCAUGUUCAUGCUUGAUAAAUGUUUUUGAUGCUAGUGCUGGCCUAGUUUAUUUGUUUGAGUUUGAGCACUGCCUCAUUCUAUUUGAGCAUUCACAAGUUUUAAUGUUUCAGUCUAUUUGAGCUCUGAUUGACUAAUCUUCAGAUUUUGUACCUAUUGCAUGGUCGUUCGAAUCUGACUGGCAACUGCUUUUGUUUUCCUUGUGUGUCUGCUUAAUCACCUUUUAUCGUUUCUGUGGUUAGCCUAGUUCUCUAUCAGUAACUGUUGCUUCAUCUUUUUUGAGUUGCAACUUUUGUUUUUCACCGCUGUUGGCCAUUCAAAUUGCUCUAAUGUUGUUUUUCUAUUGUUUUGAUGCAGCUUCUAUGUAUUCGUUCAGUUUCAUACACAUGCAUCAAUUAGAAUUGAACCUCCAGCAUUCUGCGUUGUGCAUUCUGUUUUGGCUGAAAGUUUGUUGCUAUUAUAGUUUUACUGCAACUGGUUGAUUUUGAUUGAUUCACAUCUGCUGCAUUUUGAUCUUUGUUCUGCACUGCCCGAGAGUUUCUUGUGACUUCAUUGCUUUCUAAUGUGCUUUUCAUCAUUGUUUUUUUAAGUUGGAUCAUUUGUCAUCUGCCAUAUGCAUUUGGUCAUUGAAAUGGAAGUAGUACAAGUGUUGUAAAUUGUUCUUAAAAGUCUUUGAGAGUUGCACGAAAAGGAAGAAAAUCAGUGAAAAGAUUAUGCUGAAAAGAAAACAAUCUGAAAAAUAUAUAUAUAUAUAUAUAAUAAUGAAAAGUGUUGCAGGACUUUGGAAUUUGUUUACUUCCUUCGUGUGCACAGAGUGUAGCACAACUCACACAGAUACUACUAUCAUUUCAAAUACAAUUUGCAUGUGCUCUUGAUUCAACUUGUUUUGUGUCUUCUUGAUUUUGGUUUUAUUCAUCUUACUCUAGCUACAUUCCUUAGGAUCCUUUUGUGUGCUAUCCUUUAUUGCUUUGCCUUUUUCUUGCUUGUCUUUAUUGGCUAUCCUUGAGUUUGUCUAUUAUAUCCAUCACUUGAUGUUGUCCUUAUCUCAAAUUUGAACUUUUAUUGUUUUCUGCUUUUACUCUCAAACGUGGCUGACUACUCAUUUGUUCUUGGUUCAUUUGACUUGCACUCACUGUUUUUGGUAGCCUUGUAGGUGAUACCUUUUCUGCAAAGUGCAGCUGUGGUGAGGAAAAACAGUUUGAGUGGCCACCGAGAGGAAAAAGGAGUGAGUUGGGACCUUCAAGGAGGAGUACACACACUUGAGGGUGGUAUAUUUUGGAGGCUAGCCGAGAGAGAGACGUAGCAUACUGUUAUUUUUUUAGUUUUUGCUGUUUUUGGAUGUCACGGGAUUUUGUGUAAAUUUUCUUUCAGAUUUUAGUGUUUUCCUUUCAUUUGGCUUAGGUGGGAAAAUGCUUUAGCGCAAUCCCAUCCUUAGCAAGUUUGUAAUAGUUUAAGCGUUUAGUGUGAUGUUCAAGGGGUUCCAACGGCCACUUGAAUUUUCACUUAGGAUUUUUCGUCUAGUUUAAGUUUUUCGCCUUUAUGUUUUCUGUUAUGUUUUAAUGCCCAGGUUUUGUGUGUUUGCAAUUUCUGUUUUAGGUCACCGUGAUAUCUAGGUGCCAUUUGUUUUACACCUAGUUGACCUUCUUUUGGUCUUUAAGUUUUUACUCUUUUCACACAGUGUCAAUUUGUUUUUCACCCAUCUGUUUCAUUUGUAAUUUUUAUUGAGAAAUUUUGUGAAAUCAUUUUAGAGAUCUCUGGCUAGGAAAGGCUUGGUUCCUAAGCUUGUCCAUGUGACUCACCUCCCUUUCCUGGGAGUAUCUCUAGAACUCUUUUCCACUACUUUCUCUAUAAAAAUUCAUUAACUUUGUGAAAAAUUGUUUUGUCAAAAGUGUUUCAAAAUGAGUUUUUCUUCUAGCCCUAUGCAUGUAGAUAGGCAUAAUAGUGUGCAUUUAGAUAGGCAUUGUAGUCAGGAGUUGCAUCAUACCAUUCAUAGUGACAUUCCAUUCUUUGGGGAAGAUAUAGGACCAAUAUCAUUUAAAGAUUGGAUGUGGGAUACUGAGAAGUUGGUGCAACCAAUGUUUAGUAAAUAUAGUCAUAUAGACAUUCUUAAGCAUGUUACAUCUAGAUUUGUAGGACGUGCAUUUGAUUGGUGGCAAGAGAGGCAAUAUCUAGUGAAAAAGGGGAGAACAUCAUGCAUCUGGAAACAUUUCAUACCCCCUUCAUUUAGGAUCACUAAAGCACAACAAGUUAGGAUAGAAGACUUUAUUGACAUUGGGGAUGCAUUCAUCCAAAACAUUGAUAAGUUUUCUAGACUAGAAAAAGAUUUCAAGCACAAUUUAGACUUGCUCUUGAGUGAACAAAGAAAGAGAGAAAAAUACAAGAGAGAGCAAGCUAAACAUCAAAUGCUUCGAGAAUUUGACAAGAAGAGAGAAAAAGAAGCGCUCGAGAAGCUCUGUGCUAAAAGAGAACAAGAGAAAAGAGAGAUAAAUGAGAAAAAAAAAAGAGAGGAAGAAGAAAAGGCUAAAGAGGAGAGUCUAAGAAAAGCAAAAGAAGAGAAUGAGAGAAAAGAAUUAGAGGAAAGAGAAAAAAUAAAACAAGAGAGCAAUCUUGCAAAACCAUCACAAGUGGUAGAGUUAAAGUGUAUUUCAAAAGAGCGAACAGAACUCUGUGUUAGGGAUUUGGUGAUCAAUUCUUCACCAAUUCCUAACAUGAAGAUCCCAUUUUCAAAGGGUGUUUUCCCAUCUUUAACCUCUACUCACUUUUCUAUUAAAUCUUUUGUUUUGUUUUCUUUUCAAAACUUUUGUUCUCCAUCUCAGUUCUUUAUUUCAUCCUCCUCAACUUGUUUUGCCAAAACACACUUUGAUAUUAAAAUUCUUUUCAAAAAUCAUCUUAGUCAAAGUGUGAAACAUUUCUUUUGUGAAGUGGGCUUAAUACCAUCUUUUUCAAUCCUCAAAGGCCCAUUUUCACAAAUUUUCCAUCCAAUUUUACUGCAUGGUCUUUAUGAUUUUAAUUCAAUUUUAUUUGAUGACUAUUGCAGAUUUGUUUUUGAUCCUGGUGGUACUAUUAUUUUGGUUGCUGUGAGCCUUUAAUAACCCUCUAGAUCUGAGGACAGAUCCUCUUCAAGGGGGAGGGGAUGAUGUGACCCCAAUAAGGCUUAUAGCAUUGGGCCAACGCCUGGGCCCAAUAUUUUUAAUUUCUUUUAUUUUCUUUUUAUUUUAGUUAAAUAAAUGUUGUUUCUUAAUUAGUUUGUUUUGCUAAAUGCAGCUCACUUUUCAAGCUGCCAAUUAAAUGUUGGGCUUGCGGCCCAAUUCUUCUCCAUACCAACUCAAUCAGCCAUGGCCGCUGUUUCCACACGAGCAACCAACAUCACGUCGUCAUUGGGCCGAGAUUCAAUUCAUCAUCCAGAACCCAAUUUUCUUCCAGCCCUCGCGUCCAGAUUUCAACAAUAUCUGCAGCAUGUUUAAUUCACAUCACGCGUGAAAGGCACCAUGAAAUCUGCUUCCAUCUUGGGCUUACAAGUAGCAGCCCAACUCCUUUCUGCGACCCACGCAAGGAUCUAGCGCCUUCAAUCUGCUAGGUUUCUUCUCUCACGCUAGGAGCGCAGCCAGGUGACUUCACGCAUAGCUCCAAACACAUUCCUCACGCUUUCGCAUCUUCACACCAGCCAGGCCACCUAUGCAUACGUCUCACACCUUAGGGUUAGGGUCACGCGAAUUCUUAUUUCACGCGUUCCACCCCUAGGAUUCGUUAGGGUUUUCUGUUGCCAUUAGGUUUGUGUUAGAUGGCACCCUUCUCUCGUUUAAUGUUCCGAUUGCCUUCAUCUAUAAAAGGCAAACCAACCAUUGUACCGAUUAGCUUUGAUGAAUGAGAAUAUUGGUUGAGAGUA